GAGUGAGCUCCCAGCUGACACAUUGUUAACUCUCAGGCUGCUGACCUCCUCCAGGAGAAUUUUUACCCUGUUUGGAUUAUGGCCGACACAUUAAGGAGACUGACGAACACAUCUCCGUUCACCGUUUUACAAGACAAACUGGAGAGCUGGCACAAAGACUAUCACGUGAUUUCCUGUGACCAGAGUCUGAAUAGAUGUUGUGAACUGAUUGAGCUCACUGCCACGAUCCAGGGCCAACUGUUCACCAUACUGAAUCUCACCGCUGCUGAAGGUGGUCAUUAUGCUGGAGUAGACACUCUCAAAACACGCCUGCUGCCGUGGCUCGGAACCUGUUUCUCCACGGGGAGGUCUUCAGUCACUGAUGACACCAGUUUACAGCUCAUCCAGGAUUCAGUGGAAAAGGACAGGAAGAUCAGGGAGCUUACUGCCUCCCACAAGAGUGACAUGCAGAAGAUGGAGACCCAGCUGUGCUCCAUACGCCUGCAGCUGGACUCCGUCAGAGAAGAACUGGUUGAUGCGCAGAAGGAUCUGGAUGAGACAAAGAACAAGUCAGCCACGACCCUGCUGGCCACAGAAGAUGAAAUAUUACAACUGAAAGCAGAUUUACAGUUUGCGCAUGAGCAGCUGGAGAUUUAUAAAAGGAAGCUGGAUGCUCUUGAUGACUACGAGCAUCAGAUUCGCUUGCUGAGAGAUGAAGUGUCCUUCCUGAGCACAGAGAAGGCCAUGCUGCAUGAGAGGUUGGUGGGUAGUCGUUCUUCAAGCCCCUUGUCCAGGCUCAGCCGCUCUUCCAGCCCCCUCAGAAGUGAAUCCCCCACCAGAGCCCAGCUCACUAACUCAUCCCGCCACGUACGCCUUGUGUCACGUUUCAGUGACCUGUACACCGUGGAGCGCUUGGAGGCUCAAAACCUGCUUCGACACUAUGUAACUGACCUGGAGAUGGUCCAGAAAAUCAUCUUCAUCGCUGUUGUGGAAUCCUUUAAGACAGCAAAACUGGCUUACCGUCAGUUCAAUCUACGUGUGAGGACGGCAUUGUCUCCUUCCCACUAUGGAUCAGGAAAUCUGGAGGAUGCGGCUGUGGACUACACUGUCAGAAACCUGGACCUCUAUGAUGUACAAACUAGUGUCAAUGAUGUGAUCAGCGCCAUGAAUGUGAACCCUUGUCUCUCCUUUCCACCUGAAGUGGACUUUGUCCUCAUCUCUGGCUUGAUCAGGGAGAUGUGCAAAGUGGCCUUCGCCAUGCAGACUCUCGAACCUGCUCUGGAUUUGGCCUUUGCAAGUGAUGGAGAACUUUACAGUGACAAAAAGUAUCGUCGCAGCUAUGACUCUGACUUUUCUGCUCCUCUGGUGACCUACCACGUGUGGCCGGCCUUGGUAUCAGGAGAUACUGUAGUCGUGAAGGGCGAGGCAGUGACCAGAAGAGGUGUUUUGUGGAGCAGGAGCAGGAGCAGCAGCCCAGUACGCUCACGCUCUCUCAGCCCAACUCGCAGUCUUGCAUUUAAUGGCACAAGAAGUCUCUCUCCUGGUCAUCUCACAGCUAGCCAGCUGUUAAAUCAGGACUCUGUAAUCCAGUAGGAUUAAAAAGAACUACAGUGUAUGUGCAUAUGAAUUAAUUUCAACACUGAUUUUUUUUUUCCCUAAUUGGUUGGUGCAUUUUUGCUUGAGAACAUGUUAUAGCAGAGAAAGAAAACAGCUCUGCAGCACAUUAACCACCUACUUGACUUGACUGUUGUCUGUAAAUACAUUUUUAAUAGAUAAUACGAACAGUGUUUAAGUGUACA